GUUUCCAGUCUACAGUGUCGAACUGCGAGUCGUCGUCGUCGCGCACGGUCCUCUGCUUUCCUCGGAUGGUACGUUGCUGCCGCCUGUCUGGUUUUCCCGAAAUCUGCGAUGCUUGGCCUCCGCUUUCCGAUUUGGCUUCGUGGUGCUGGAUUCCGGAGCUGUCGGUGGAUCCAAGCUUGGCCCGAUUUGGUUCAGUAUUGAGGCGAGGAGGAUCUGUUUAGUGAGUGCUGUUCGAGUUCGAGGUUUUCGUGGUUUCUCUCCGUUGCGGCGUCUAUGAGCGCGAGCAAGACACGCAAAUACAUGUCAAUGUAAAACGGUGGCGCUUGGUUAACAUCAUCUUCUUUGUCUCCGCUUGUUAUCAAAUUUCAUCCCUCAGGGUGCAGGGACAAGACAAACGACAAGUUUGGACGAAAUCAACUUCUCUUUGUUGAUCACAUCAAACUUUUCCAACAUCCAACCUCAACCAUCUCUAGUUUAAGACGUCCGUUUACAUGGUACUUGAAGAAAAUUGGCGUGUAGGCGGGCAGGAGUUGGGGUUCAUAUUGAGCAACCAUGAACCGGGGGGUCUUGGGAACAGGGCCCGAUGGCAACAAAAGAAAACGGCCCGACGCACAGGCAGCCUACAUCACCAGCAUGAUGCAUGGCAACCCGAAGCUUCUGCUCUCAGAAUCCCCUCUAUUUGCGGGCCUCACACAGCACCAACUACCGUUUACAGUCUACCCAAUUAAAGUAUCUCCCGAUGUUCAAUAUCAAGCCCGCAUCCGUCUUGUAUUUCCGGAUGGCAGGGAAUCAUUUGGGAUUGGAGUUGCUCGAACCAAGAAAGAGUCAGAAAGAGUUGCUGCGAUCGAUGCUUGCCAGCAGUUACAAGAUAGAGGUCUUCUUGUAGGGGUGAAGAAGAGCAGUACAGCAAGUGAUGGAUGGGGUGACAAUCCCAAGAAUACUCUAGUAACUAGCGUAGCCUUCCGGGAUGUUUGCUGUGGGGGAAACGCCCGAGCUUUGCCGAUUACCCUCCGCUCCUCUGGUCCUGACCAUGCUAAAACUUUUGUGGCAGAGUUGACAGUGCCAUUGAGGAACAAAGGGGAAGUUUUUGUAGCGGUGGGUCAAGGCCCUAACAAAGCUGAAGCGGAGCGCGCGUGCUGUACUGCAGCUUGUGCGAAACUUUAUGAUGUUGGAUUGCUUCAGAAGCCUAAUGACAAAGGGUAUAGUCCGCCAUUUACCGCCGUCCCUGCUUCCAACAAAGCUGCGCAUAAUCAACAGCAAAAUGAGAUGCCUGCUAUUGUGAGCUUACGAAUUGAGGAGCUGUCAAUGAUGGAAGAUGCAUUGCAGAGACUUCACUUUGAGAAUGUUAGACUCGAAAAGCAGGAGCCAGAAGCUUCAGUGAGUUUGCAGCCGCGAUCCUUUGCACAUAAAUCGAACGACAUACCGAUACCGAAGGAGCAGUUAGGCACUGAGAAUGCAAUUCUGAGGCUAGAAGCACGUAAGAGAUCAGUUUCACCGGAGUUCGCUGAGCAAAGGAGAGUCCGUCAAUCCUUACCUGCAUGGAGGGAGAGGCAAAAGAUUGUUGGUUUUGUAUCAAAUCACCGCGUUGUGGUCCUGACUGGAGAGACAGGUUGUGGGAAAACCACCCAGGUACCACAAUAUGUGUUGGAAGAUGCAGAGCUUCAAGGAUCAGGUGCAGAGGUGCAUAUUGUUGUUACACAGCCUCGCAGGAUUGCAGCCAUAAGUGUUGCAGAGCGUGUGGCCUGGGAGCGUGGAGAGACUUUGGGGAAAAGUGUGGGUUAUGCUAUCCGCCUUGAAAGCUCACCACCAAGGCCUCGAGGAAGCAUCCUUUAUUGCACAACAGGGAUCUUAUUGCAUCGGUUACAGAGAGCGGAUGGUUUGGUGGGGGUGAGCCAUGUUAUUAUCGACGAAGUGCAUGAACGAGAUGUGGAUACUGAUUUUUUGCUUGUUGUAAUUCGCGAGCUUUUGAAUCAUAGCCCGACCCUGCGGGUGGUAGUCAUGAGUGCUACUCUGGAUGCAUCUAUAUUCACAAGGUACUUUGGGGGUUGUCCUCUAGUGAACAUACCAGGAAUGACGCAUCCUGUGAGGGUGUAUAACCUGGACGAUCUUCCUCAGCUAAUGGGUCGAUUUCAUCUGCCAGCUUUGAGGCAAGCUCAUGGAGGCAGCUUGGAUGAGGAGGAUGUGGAUAUAGACUUGACUGUAUCUGUAAUUGUGUGGAUAUCGCAAGUCUUUGCACAAGGUGACGGGGCCAUUCUCUGCUUUUUACCUGGCUGGGAUACCAUCACCAUCGUCCGAGAUCGUUUACUCAAAGUGCGUGCCAGUCGUUUCAUGAUGAUUGUCCCACUACAUUCACAACUACCUGCGGGUGAGCAACGAGCAGCAUUUGCUCGUGCACCAUUCGGCAUGAGGAAGGUUGUUCUGGCCACCAAUAUAGCAGAGACAAGUGUUACCAUUGACGAUGUAGUAUAUGUGGUGGAUUCUGGCAAAAUCAAAGAGAAGCAAUAUGACGUUUCUCGCAAUUUAACCACCAUGCGCGUUCAGUGGACAUCCCAAGCCAGUGCUCGGCAGAGGCAAGGUAGAGCUGGGCGAGUGCAACCGGGAUUUUGCUUCCAAUUGUUCACGCAGACGACCUUCUUGAACAUGUUGGAGCACCAGAUUCCGGAGAUGCAGCGUGUUCCCCUUGAAGAACUCUGUUUACAGAUCAAGGCUGUUUUAUCUCCUAACACGGUGGUGGAAAAAUUCGAGGCAACAGGAGUCAAUUUUUCCCAAGAACUUGAAGAAACGAGAGCGGAAACGACUCGCAUCGCAACUUUUUUGUCAAAGGCUAUCCAGCCUCCAACAGCGUCUUCAGUGUAUGCAGCGAUUCAGGUCUUGAAACAGCUUGGUGCCGUUGACGAGUUCGAAAAUCUCACUCCUCUGGGCAGAAUUCUAGCUAAAUUGACAGUGCAUCCAAGAUUUGGCAAAAUGUUGGUUUAUGGGGCCCUGCUUGGGUGCCUGGACCCCCUUCUCACUGUUGCUGCUGCAGCAUGUUUCCGGGAUCCCUUUGUGUCGCCACUGAAUAGGCGGGAGGAGGCUGACCAAGUACGGGCAAGUUUCGGUACCGGAGUUGCCUAUGGAAGUGACCAGUUGGCUCUCGUGAAUGCAUUUCAACAAUGGAAAGCUGCGGAUUUCAAUAAUCAUGGAUACUCUUUUUGCGAGGACAAUUUUUUAGCCUUCAUGACGAUGACGCUUAUUGCUGGUAUGAGGACGCAGUUUGAGCGGACUCUUCUGGAAUCAGGAUUGUGCGAACCUUACGUGCAGUCGCCCAAUCCUGUCGUGAGUGCACACCUUGCACGGUCGCUCCUUGUUGCUGGGUUGUACCCUAACAUCGUUCGGUCGGAACUGUGUCGAGAGAGCAAGGGAAUGAAAAAUGCAACUAAACAUGCCUACAGAUGGAGGUUAGGGUUCUGCGGAGUGAAUGGCAGGGUUUUCCUGCACCCCACUUCUGUGUUGUCAGAGAAGCAUCUGAACUCCAGUUUAAGUUACUAUCUCGUGUUCCAAGAAAAACUCCAAACUAGCCAAGUUUUUAUUCGAGGGUGCACCCUCUUGCCACCCUUGGCAGUGGUUCUACUAGGUUGGAACGUUACUUUCAUCAAGGAUGUGAGCUCGGGGAGUGCACCCUCUCCAAAUGGGGACUGGAUGUUACUUCGAGUGGAAGGGUGGUUGAAUUUCUUCAUUGACCGUCGGGCAGGCCUUCUCCUGCUUCAACUCAGAGACGCAUUUGAUGUUGUUCUUGCACGAUGGGUGAGUGGGCAUGCUAGGACUGACUCAGAAAGGCAGGUCGUUGAGUGUGUGGUAACGCUACUCGAAAGUACUUGUUAUGAAAUGCUCGAGACCACUAGUAAUCGCAAGGCCCCCAUAGUUUCUCGCUAAAUUGAAAUUUACGUUCUCAUCGGUCUGUUGCCUCCUCUCUAUGGUCUAUGGUUCAACAGAAUUGGAGCUUGGCUUUUGUUGCGUCUGGAUACUGUCAUUGUCUGGAAGAAACUGUUUCAAUUGAAAGUCAAGUUGUGUGAUCUAUUGGGUAUAUAUUAGCAAGUUAAUUAUGAUCA